AUGCACCGCGUGCCCCCAACGUGGGCGCAGGGAGAUGGCGUCACGCCUCACGACCAGGACCGGGAGGACGGGGGGGAGAGGCACGUGACCCGAACGUCACUGCUAGCUGGGCGGGGGGAGGAGGAGGGCGAGGGCCGGCGGGCGGAGCGCGGCCGCGGCGACCCCGACAUCGCCAAGUCCCCGCGCGACCCCAACCGGUACCGGUAUAUCAAAUUGCAAAAUGGCUUGGGUGUGCUGUUGAUUUCGGACAUAACUAGCUUGGAUGGUGUUACUUCUGAGGAGUCUUCAGAAGAGGAAGAUGAAACUGAUACUGAAAGUGAUGAUGAUGACGACGAUGAUUCAGGGGCAGAAAUUGAAGAUGACGAAGAAAGUUAUGGUGGUGAGGAUGAUGACAAUGGUGAUGAUAAUGAUGAGAAGCUUAAUGAUUCUGAUGACACAGAAAUGGAAGAACUAACAGGAAAAGAAGAUACAGAGAAAACUGGUAUGGAAAAACUGUCUGCAGCUGCUCUUUGUGUUGGUGUGGGCAGUUUCUGUGACCCUGAAGAUCUACCUGGGUUGGCACAUUUUCUGGAGCACAUGGUAUUUAUGGGCAGUUUAAAGUAUCCAGAUGAGAAUGGGUUUGACGCCUUUGUGAAGGAACAUGGGGGCAGCGACAACGCUUCUACUGACUGUGAACGGACAGUCUUCCACUUUGAUAUCCAGCAGAAAUACUUUAAAGAAGCACUUGAUAGGUGGGCACAGUUCUUCAUUCAUCCAUUAAUGGUCUGGGAUGCAAUUGAUCGUGAAGUUGAAGCAGUUGACAGUGAGUAUCAGCUAGCAAAACCCUCUGAUGCAAACAGGAGGGAGCUGCUGCUCGGAAGCCUGGCCAAACCUGGGCAUCCAAUGAGGAAGUUUUUCUGGGGUAAUGCAGAGACCCUAAAGCAUGAGCCUAAAAAUAGGAGUAUUGAUAUCUACACCAGGCUGAAGGACUUUUGGCAUCUCUAUUACUCUGCACACUAUAUGAAUUUAGUAGUUCAAUCUAAAGAAACCUUGGACACACUGGAGAAGUGGGUGAUGGAAAUCUUUUCAAAGAUUCCAAAUAAUGGUUUGCCCAAACCAGGCUUUGGCCAUCUGACACAGCCUUUUGACACACCAGAAUUUCACAAGCUUUAUAGAGUUGUUCCAGUCAGAAAAGUUCAUUCUUUGGACAUUGCGUGGGCACUGCCUCCUCAGCAGAGACAUUACAGGGUGAAGCCACUUCACUAUAUAUCUUGGCUGGUAGGACAUGAAGGCAAAGGCAGUAUUCUUUCCUUCCUUAGGAAAAAGUUUUGGGCUCUUACAUUACAUGGAGGAAAUAGUGAGACAGGAUUUGAACAGAACUCCACCUGCUCUAUAUUCAACAUUUCUGUUACUUUGACUGAAGAAGGUUAUGAAUAUUUCUAUGAGAUUGCACAUGUUAUAUUUCAGUAUCUGAAAAUGCUUCAGAAAAGAGGCCCAGAUAAAAGAAUUUGGGAAGAGAUUCAGAAGAUUGAAGAUAACGAAUUUCGUUUCCAGGAUCAGACUGAUACAGUUGAUUUUGUUGAAAGUCUUUGUGAAAAUAUGCAGCACUUUCAUAAGGAGGACUUUUUGAUAGGAAAUAACCUUCUCUUGGACUAUAAACCUGAAAUCAUUGCUGAUGCCCUUAACCAGCUCUGCCCUCUGAGAGCCAACCUUUUUCUGUUGUCUGCUGCCCAUGAGGAAAAAUGCCAUCUAAAGGAGAGGUGGUUUGACACACAGUACAGCGUUGAAGAUAUUGACAAAUACUGGAGUGAUCUAUGGGCUAGUGACUUUGAGUUAAAUCAGGACUUGCACCUUCCAGAAGAAAAUAAAUAUAUAGCCAGUGACUUUACUCUGAAGGCACCUGAUUGCUCUGAGACGCAGCAUCCAGUUAAAAUUCUGAAUACACAGCUAGGCUGUUUGUGGUACAAGAAGGACAACAAAUUCAAAAUCCCUAAAGCUUAUGUACGUUUCCAUCUGAUCUCUCCACUGAUACAACAGUGUUCAAAGAGUGUGGUGCUUUUUGAUAUAUUUGUAAACAUCUUCUCUCAUAACCUUGCUGAACCAGCAUAUGAAGCUGAUGUGGCUCAACUGGAAUACAAGCUGGUACCUGGAGAGCAUGGUUUGAUCAUUCGAGUGAAAGGAUUUAAUCAUAAACUACCUCUGCUCUUUCAGCUUAUCAUUGACCACUUGUCUGACUUCAAUUUUACUCCAGCAACUUUUGAGAUGAUAACAGAGCAGCUGAAGAAGACUUAUUUUAAUAUUCUCAUAACACCAGAGAUGCUGGCCAAGGAUGUGCGUCUCUUCAUUUUGGAACACGGCCGGUGGUCCAUAAUAGAUAAAUACCAAAGACUGAUGAAAGGCGUUUCUGUUGCGUCUCUAUCAGCUUUCAUUAAGGCUUUCAAAUCACAUCUCUUUGUGGAGGGGCUAGCACAAGGAAACUUAACUGGCAGAAAGUCAAAGGACUUCCUGAAUUACGUUGUUCAAAAGCUGCAGUUCGUUCCCCUCGCACACCCGUGCCCUGUCCAGUUCCGGGUGGUGGACCUGCCAAACACGCACCUGCUCUGUAAGGUGAAAGCCCUCAACAAAGGUGAUGCCAACUCAGAAGUGACGGUCUACUAUCAGUCUGGGGCUAGGAGUUUAAGAGAAUACGCCCUUAUGGAGUUGCUUGUGAUGCACAUGGAAGAGCCUUGCUUCAACUUCCUGCGAACCAAGCAAACCCUUGGCUACCAUGUGUACCCUGCCUGUAGAAAUACUUCUGGGAUCCUUGGGUUCUCUGUUACUGUAGCAACACAAGCUACAAAGAACAACACUGAAUUAGUUGACAAGAAAAUAGAAGAAUUUCUUGUGUGCUUUGAGGAAAAGCUCAAGAUUUUAACUACAGAAGCAUUCAGUGCUCAGGUCAGUGUUCUAAUAAAUAUUAAAGAAUGUGAGGAUUCCUAUCUUGAGGAAGAGGUGGACAGAAACUGGAAUGAAAUAGUGACCCAGCAGUAUUUUUUUGACAGACUUGCCCACGAGAUUGAGGCACUAAAAUCAUUUACCAAAGCAGACCUGGUUGACUGGUUCAGAGCUCACAGAGGCCAUGAGAAGAAGGUACUCAGUCUCCAUGUGGUUGGUUUUGGUAAACAAGAAGGGGACUCGGAUAUUAUAGCUGCCUCAGAUGCACAGCGGUGCUACCUUGGAGAUAUGCCUCAAUUCAUUUUUUUACCCCCUUCUUCUCAUAUGAAGAAUACAGCUUCCAUCAGAGAUAUUAGAGAUUUCACACUAACCCUUAAUCUCCUCCCUUACCAUAAGAUAUUAAAAUAAAUUUCAGUUGUUUUCCUCUGUAUUAAAGUGCGUUUUUAAUCAUUGUCAACCUGUGAACAUUAUGAACCGUUUAGCUUCACUAAAUGAAUACGUAUUGUCAGCAGGAUUGGGAUAAAAGUGCUUUUGAACUCCAUGCUGUGGCACUUCAGAAUAUGGCCUUCCUGAUGCAGGAGGAGUUGUCCUUGGUUCGUGAAAGGUAAUGCUGCUUGCAUGGAAGAAGGAAGCAAGAGUGAUUGUGUGCAACAGGAAGGGGAUGCUUCAAGGCUAUGAGGCAGGUUGCUGCACAUUUUGCCAUCCCAGAGAAACAUCUCCAAGCCACGGGCUUAACACAGAAGUGUGGGACUCUUCACUGAAGUGAGUGAUAAUAUGUUCUGCCAAUAAAUUAGUAAAAUGUAAGAUUUCUCUGAUGCUUCCUCGUGCUGCAGCAACAGACAGUGACACCUGAAGUGAUCAUUAUUGUUCAAGGUCAUGAUCUCCUCCCAGGGGUAAUAAUGUCCACUGCAAACAUCACACAAGGCUGGGUCAUCACAGAGUGGUAUGAUAGAUCACCAAGUCGCUUACAGCUUUAGGAACAAGUGGGAGUGGAAAACAACUGUCUGCUAACCCCUGGGUUGUUUUCACGUUCCUCGUUUCCCACAAGAUGUUCAGUUAUCUUGCCAAUAGCUCUGAAUUCCAAGAGAAUCAGCUGCUUUUCCACGUUUUACCUGCUUGCCCAUUGCUCUGUUUCAGGUACAACCGGAUAUGGGGCUGGAUGAUCCAACUACAGUUGCGUGCGUGGAAUGUCUGCUGUGCUGUUAGUUGUUCCAGGUAGACGAGCCUGCUGUGCUGCUAUGAGCUCCAGGGAUGGGGAGUUGGGUAUCUGUGCUGUGGAACAUCUGUUCAUUUUGACUGAGUAUCAGUAAUCAUCAGGAGCACAGCAGGGUGAGGAGAGAACCGGCAGUAAGAGG